GGGCUGAAUGCGUGGAGCAUUCUGGGAGACCUAGUCCGUCCGGGGAGGGGGAAGUCGGCGAUUGCGCAUGCUUAGGAGCGCGGAGCGGCCCGCUGAGCGUGGAGGGGAAGACACUGUCCUUGGAGCCCCCAGCCCAGUCUUUCCAAUGAGGCCUGCAGCACUAGGCUCCCCAGGUCACACAUCCUUGGAAGAUGAGCAACCUGUCAUGGUGAAGCUGGAGGACUCAGAUGAGCAGGGUGACGCUGCCCUGUGGGAUCCGGGCCCAGAGACUGCACGCCAGCGUUUUCGACACUUCCACUAUGAAGAGACAGUGGGUCCCCAAGAGGCCCUGGCCCAGCUCCGGGAACUAUGCCGCCAGUGGCUGCAGCCAGAGGUUCACUCCAAAGAGCAGAUGCUGGAGCUCCUGGUCCUAGAGCGGUUCCUGGGUGCACUGCCCCCUGAGAUCCAGGCCCGCGUGGAGGGACAGCGGCCAGGCAGCCCUGAAGAAGCAGCCGCCCUGGUCGAGGGGCUUCGCCAGGAGCCAGGAGGGCCCCGAAGAUGGGUCACAGUCCAAGUACAGGGUCAGGAAGUGCUAUCAGAGAAGAUGGAACCCUCCAACUUCCAGCCCCUCCUUCAAACCAAGCCACGGACUCCAGAACGUGGACCCGGGACACCAUCUGAAGCCACACACGAGUCACCGCUGGGCCUUCAGGUGAAAGAGGAGCCCAUGGUUACAGAGGACCCAGAGCUUCUGGAUUCUGGGCCUCUAGCCAAUCCCCAGGAAGCCACUUCCACUCUCCUGCCUAAAGAGGCCCAGGAUUGUGAGAUAGUGCUGGACCAGGCCUCUCCCCGCAGCGAGACUGGGCUUGAGGGGCCUUCGUGGAGGGAGCAUCCUGGGGCCCUGUGGCAGGAGGAAGCUGGGGGCAUCUUUCCUCCAGGGUUUGCACUCCAGAUGGAAAGUGUCUCUGCUGGCCCAGGCACUGUGAGCCCCCACCUCCAUAUCCCCUGGGACCUCCGCAUGGUGGGCCUCACGGACCAACUCCGGUCACCCUCCCAUGAAAGUGGCUUCUCACGUGCGCUCCUGCUCCCCAGUGGCCCAGGAGGUGAGCAGAACCCCACAAAUGAGGGUUCCUGCCAGCUUAUGAGCCCUAUGCUAGGCACAGCCCGCUGGCGUGCUCCCAGGGGCCGGGGCCGGGGCCGGCCCAGCACGGACCCCGGGGCAGGGAGAGGUGGCCACUGUGACGUGUGCGGGAAGGUGUUCAGCCAACGCAGUAACCUACUGAGGCACCAGAAAAUACACACGGGAGAGCGGCCAUUCGUGUGCAACGAGUGUGGCCGGAGCUUCAGCCGAAGUUCGCACCUUCUGCGCCAUCAACUCACACACACUGAGGAGCGGCCAUUUGUGUGCAGCGACUGCGGCCAGGGCUUCGUGCGCAGCACCCGCCUGGAGGAGCACCGGCGUGUGCACACAGGCGAGCAGCCUUUCCACUGUGCGGAGUGCGGCCAGAGCUUCCGACAGCGCUCCAACCUGUUGCAGCACCAGCGCAUCCACGGCGACCCCCCCGGCCCUGGCGCUGCACCCGCUGCACCUCCCGGUGCGCCUGAGCCCCCAGGGCCUUUCCCCUGCAGCGAGUGUCGCGAGAGCUUCGCGCGGCGCGCUGUACUACUAGAACACCAGGCAGUGCACACAGGUGACAAAUCCUUUGGCUGCGUGGAGUGUGGUGAGCGCUUCGGUCGCCGCUCAGUGCUGCUGCAGCACCGGCGAGUACACAGUGGUGAGCGGCCCUUCGCCUGCGCCGAGUGCGGCCAGAGCUUCCGACAACGUUCCAACCUUACACAACACCGUCGUAUCCACACCGGCGAGCGGCCUUUCGCCUGCGCCGAGUGUGGCAAGGCGUUCCGCCAGCGGCCCACGCUCACACAGCACCUGCGCGUGCACACAGGCGAGAAACCCUUUGCCUGCCCCGAGUGUGGCCAACGCUUCAGCCAGCGUCUGAAGCUCACGCGCCACCAGCGGACGCACACUGGGGAGAAACCCUACCACUGUAGUGAGUGCGGCCUGGGCUUCACGCAGGUUUCCCGGCUCACCGAGCACCAGCGUAUCCACACGGGUGAGCGGCCCUUUGCCUGUCCUGAUUGCGGCCAGAGCUUCCGGCAGCACGCCAAUCUCACACAACACCGGCGCAUCCACACAGGCGAGCGGCCCUACGUGUGCCCGGAGUGCGGCAAGGCAUUCCGCCAGAGGCCCACGCUCACACAGCACCUGCGUACCCACCGGCGCGAGAAGCCCUUUGCCUGCCAGGACUGUGGCCGCCGCUUCCACCAGAGCACUAAGCUUAUCCAGCACCAGCGCAUCCACAGUGCCGAGUAACCAGCGCUCACGGUACCCUUCCUCUACGUCCCUCUCUUUUGGCCUUUUGUUGGGGGGAAGUGUGUGUGUGUGUGUGUGUGUGUGUGUGUGUGUGUGUGUACGCACGCCCACGCAGAACACUUACCUCACAGGGUUGUUGUGAGGGCUGUGAUCAAGCUUAGGUACGGGCAGGUCCACCCAGGACCUGGAUCCCCAGUAGGUGCUCAAUAAACAACAGACAGAACCUGG